AGAAACUAGCCAUGGGUCAUUCCAUUGGGCUGCAUGUUCACCAGGCAGCACAGAACGCCAUAACUGCUCCAUCUACAGACUUACUCGCCCUUCCUGUGCCUACUCUGACUCAUGUUAUGGCUGCUCCCCCAGCUCCAGCAACAACGGCAUUUGUACCAGUUGUAGACGUACAAGAAGAUCAAGCCCGUGCUCUGGAGCCAUAUCUACAAGACAUCUUGUGCGACUUUUCUGACCUGCCAGUCUGCAACUCCAGUUCACAGAGAGUGUCCAGCUCUGUCUCGUCUUUCGGGAUGUUCAGUGGGUGUAGAAUUGGGAACUUACCAUUAACAUCAAUAAGUAGACAAGUAUGACUGGAUGGGAAAUGACUAUCGUGCAAAUUCAUUUUAUUGUUAUUUUACAGUUUCUUUUGAGAAUAAACUGCUGAAAAUGAUGUUUUAUCAUUAAAUUGUGGUGUUUUAGUUUGUAUUUUGGCGGCUUAUUUUCUGAUGAAAUAAAUAAA